AUGGAUCCUCCACCGCCGGAACCGAUUCAAUCGGCAAAGCUCAGACACCUGAAACUGUGCUACCAAUUUGUGGCAAACUACUUCAUUGUAUUCCUCAUCCUACCAAUCAUGCUUUCUCUCACCAUCAAAGCCCUACAUACUCAGCCAGAAGCAAUCAUCCAUAAUUUGAUGACCUCAUCACUCCUCAUUGCAUGCUUCAUCAUCUUCCUCACCCUCUCCGCCUUGAUCUACCACUUCCUCAUGCUGCGGCGGCACUCCGUGUACCUCAUCGACUACGCCCUCUGCAAGCCUCCCCGCUUCCCCAUCGCCCGCUUCAUAGAGCACACCACGCUUUUUCCUCCCACCGACCCCCAAAGCCUCCAUUUUCGGAUGAAAAUGCUCCAACGCUCCGGUAUCGGCGACGAGGCCGCCAUGCCUCACGCCACCAAUCACAUCCCUCCUGAACAGACCAUGGCGCUGGCCAGAGAAGAAGCCGAGCUCCUCAUCUUCUCCGCCAUGGAUUCUCUUCUAAUCAAGACAGGCUUAAAACCCCAAGACAUAGACGUUUUAGUAGUGAACUGUGGCCUCUUCUAUCCGGCCCCGUCUCUGGCGUCGUUGGUCAUCAACAAGUACAAACUCAGGAGAGAUAUAAAAAGCUUCAACCUCUCCGGGAUGGGCUGCAGCGCCAGGUUGAUCUUUCUUGAUCUGGCUAAAGGCCUUCUGGAAUGUUAUCCCUAUAAAUAUGCUGUGAUGAUCAGCGCUGAGAUCACCUAUAUGGGAAAGGACAGAUCCAUGCUCCUCACCAACUGCUUAUUCAGAAUGGGCUGCGCCGCCGUGUUAUUAUCCAACCGCCUCCACCUAUAA